AUUGGGACAUAUACGGAUUAUUAUAGAUAUAGAUACUAGAUAUUUGAACACAAUAAAAAGUUAAAGAGAGGAAUGUGUCGAUGAUAACUGGUUUCUUGUUUUGUGAUUUUGUUGUCAGGGCUUGAGUGGCCUGGACGGGUUACUGGGGGUUGAGGGUAAUGAAGGAUAUACGGGUGCCGUUGGUUUCAGAGGAGCUCCUGGAGCACCUGGCUGGUCCGGCAAGAUGGGAAAACCGGGGCCUCCUGGGAUCAGGGGAAACACUGGAGCAGGAGGGUUUAAGGGUAAAACUGGUCCAAAAGGAACACGUGGACUUUCUGGACCAAUUGGGCCAAAGGGUAUUCCAGGACUGAGAGGAGAGAAGGGGGAAUCUAGAAGUCUUGGUACAAAGGGUCUCCCAGGUGAAACAGGGCUCUUGGGACCGAUUGGGCCCCCGGGGCUGAAGGGGAAUCCUGGUUUGCAGGGGCUGAAAGGUCAAAUAGGUCGUAAAGGAAAACAGGGAAACACUGGUCCUCGUGGUCCACCUGGGCUAGGAGGCUUCCAUGGACUUCUUGGCAAGCAUGGAAAAAAGGGAGUGAAAGGUCUCCAAGGCAGGAGAGGACCUAAGGGACUGAAAGGAAAGCCUGGACCUCCAGGGAAACCAGGAGCUCCAGGCAAACAUGGUUUGACACAAAGAGGACGAUCAAAGCCAAGACCAGGUCAAAGAAAUGAGCCCAAAACAACAAGUACAAGAUCUAAACUGACAAGAUCCGGACAAACACCCAAACACCCGAAGCAAAAGGGAGGACAACAAAAAAGGCCCAGGCUGGUGAAGACGAGAUUGCCUCGAAGUGAUGAGGCAGAGGAAUCUUUUAUUUGGCCCCUGGGAACACAGGACGACCCCGGAACCACCUGCCAUGAGCUGGGACUCAUACACCCACAUCUGACUGAUGGUUACUUUUACAUGGACCCCAACCAGGGCUGUGUUUGUGAUGCUUUGAAGGUUUCCUGUAACUUCACAGCAGGAGGAACAACCUGUAUAGACCCUUUACAGUCACAGAUUAAGCUCAGGUGGGAACCGGAAAAGCAGAAAUCUAGGAGAUCCAUCCAGUGGUUUAGUCAACAACAUGAUGGAAACAAGUUUGAGUAUGCUGGUGUGGAUGUUGUCCAGCUGAGGUUUCUGCGGUUACACAGCCAUACGUCUUUCCAGCACAUGACAGUCAGCUGGGAAGUGGGACCCUCAUGUGCUGCCACCGCAACUAAUUCAACAAAUUGGAGUAUCCACAUCCUGGGAGACUCGGGCAGAGAAAUAGAUUCUCACUUAAUUAGAGUGAGCAGAAAACAGUGUGAGGAGCACGUGGUUGUGAGGGUUCAGGGGAGCACUGAGCUGCAUCGAGGAGAUAUGGAGUUGCUUCCUCUCAGAGAUCUGGGUAUAGCAAUGACGGGACCGACUGCCCACGCCCCUGAGAUCACUGUGAUCCUGGGACCCCUCUGCUUCCUGUGACCAAUUAGUGAUGUGUGUGUUUAUUUGUAUGUGUAUUUAAACAUUGUAAAUAUCAUUUUCAUAUAGAAAGCAGCUAUAUACCGUAUGUAUCUAGAUAUUUUAAAUGAAUAAUUUUGAUAGGAAUAAUUUACUCUGUAUUUUGUGUAUAUUUAUUGAAUUCAUCAUAUACGCAUUUAAUAAAUUGCUCUUAAAUGUUAAUGCGUCAACAAACAUUUGAAUAAAAUUCUGUUUCUAAUCCUCCUUGCAGGGGAUUGAUGUG